CAUUGAAUAAAUUCUAAAUGUGUCACAAUUUAAAUGCUAUAUGAAAAAAUGGCGCGUUUAUUCAACAACACUUCAAGGGGGUAAAGAAUAAUCAAAUAAAAACAAAAUACUAAAAAAGUUACAUAAAAAAAAUUUGUGUGGAAAAUGUCUUCAGCAAAAGUUACAGCUAAAGAAAUUGUGCUACCGGCAUCUAUAGUAAAUGGCGAUACCGACACUGACGGAGCUGAAGGUUCAAUAGAAUUUUUGGAAGAGCAUGAUCCGGAACACUUGAAUGCACUUAAUUCAAAACAACAUAUUGGAGAAGAAGAAAUUGAAAUGCUUACUGAAGAGGAGGGAGAAUAUUAUGAAUAUGAAGAACGAGUUGAAGAUGAAGAAGAAGAAGAACCCAUAGCACCAGAAGAUAAUACGCCAGUAACUCGCAAACCAACUCAGGUGCCAAAGAAAAGAAAAAAUCCAAUAAUAGAUGCAGAUGAAAUAACUAAUAAUGAUAUUAAAAUAUCGAAAAAAUCGCAACAAAUUAAGAAGGAAGAUCAAGCAACAAGUUCUGCCAAAGAUAUUUCGAAUAAAGAAAACGAGGUAGACGAAGAACAAUGUCGAGUUUGCACAUCGAAAGAAGACUUAGUUAGUCUCUUUAAGAAAAUUGAUAAGUAUACAAUAGCUGAUAUGUUAAUGACUAUUUGUCCAACAGUAUCUAUAGCGCGUAAAGAUUUUAUGCCACAAUACGUUUGUAAUGUAUGUGUAGAUAAUAUUACUAUAGCCAUGAAACUAAAAACUUUAUGUGAAACAACGGAAAGAGAUUUACGAAAAAAAUUAUCUAGAAGUAAAAAUAAAGUAAGACGACCAACCGGAUAUGUUGUUAUUGAUGCUCCUGCUGAAUCUGAUCCUGCAUCUGAAGAAGAACUAAACGAUGAUGUAGAAUUUAAAGUAUCAGAGGAAGGAAGUAUUUCUGCUGGGGAUGAUUCGGAUGAUUCAGAUUUUAGUACGAAAAAAAAACGGCCAGUUCGCAGUACAGCUGGGAGGCGAGGACGUCGAAAAUCAAACCUAACACCCGCGUCCCAACAGAAAGAAAAAAAACGAAUGGGUCGCCCUCCAAUGAAACGUAAUAUACAAGCAGUUGACAGUAGUGGUGAAGAAAAAGACACUUCCUUGCAAAAGAAGAAACGUAUGUCUGGUGGUGAUACUGAAACCAGUCCAAAUAUACAGGAGUAUGCGUGUGAUCAAUGUGACCAUGUUUACACGCGAAAGUUGUCCUUAGUGUUGCAUAAAAAAUCACACGAUGGCGCACGUCAGCCUAUUAGUUGUGAAAUCUGUGGCAAAAAAUUUAAAAUACAGGGUGCAUAUCGUACUCAUUUAGAAAAACACAAAGAUGACUCUGUUGGUUUCAAUUGUGAAAAAUGUGAAAAAAUUCUUGGUUCAAAAUCAGAUUUAAGAAGACAUUUAGCUGAAGCGCAUAACGAACCCGGUCUUAUUUAUCAAUGUGAAAAAUGUAAGAAAGUAUUUGUUUCUGAAACGCGAUUAGAUAGACAUCAAGAAGGUCGUUGCCCGGGAGUUGAACACAAGCCAACUAAAAGACAUGAUCAUGACGCUUUUUCAGUAGUGUCUAACAAACCAAUGUCUAAUCAGGAAAACAGUUUUUCUUCAAGAACUAAAUUCAAAAUUUUUAAUUAGAUUUUUUUUGUAAUAUUAAAUUAUUUUAUA